GUCCGUCGUCUACCAGUGGACUGGAGGGUGGGGGGUGGCGCGGGCUGCCGUUGCAAUUCCAGGCGGGACGAGAACGGACGACAGAGAAAGCGGGAGGGGAGCGUUGCUGGCGCUUGCGCGAGCACUGCGCACUCGAGAGCGGAACCUUCUUCCACUUCGAAAGCUUUAGGCUCGGAAAGCGGGAAGGGACGACGGCAAAGGGGCCCCAGUCGACUGACUCCCUGCUACGCGGUCGCCGCAGGUGGUCGAGAAUCGUCGUGUGAAGUUAGUAGUAAUAGUAUGUAGGAGCGCGGUCCCAGACCGGGAGGCCGAGUCUGUGCGGGAGUUGGGAGCUGCAGCAGGCGCAAAGAGGGCGUGUGCAUAGAGGGAAUUCCGUGCGUGCGUGCGAGCGAUCAAUCGAUUGAUUCAGAUUUGACCUACCGUGGAAGUUGAUUACAGAGCGCGGAGCUUGGAGGUUUGGCAAUGGCGCCUCGUGAGGAUUCCGCCGCGGAGACCGAGCUGGCCAGGCCGCCGGGGAGCCACGCUCCGAACAAAGAUGAAAAUGAUGUCGACGGACCGCGACACCCCGGCACGAUCAAGAACGUGGAUGACUGGCUUCCAGUGACAGGAUCUCGAAACGCAAAGUGGUGGUACUCCACCUUCCACAAUGUCACGGCUAUGGUGGGCGCGGGCGUGCUCAGUCUUCCCUCCGCCAUGGCAUAUUUCGGAUGGGGUUUUGGAACGGUGGUUCUCGUAGGAUCGUGGUGCAUCACGCUGUACACGCUAUGGCAGAUGGUGGAAAUGCACGAGAUGGUUCCGGGCAAGAGGUUCGAUCGAUACCACGAGUUGGGGCAGCAGGCAUUCGGGCCCAGGCUCGGGCUUUGGAUCGUCGUUCCUCAGCAGCUCAUCGUCGAAGUCGGCGUCGACAUCGUCUACAUGGUGACGGGCGGUGACUCGCUGCAGAAGUUCCAUAACCUGAUCAAGUGCCCGAGUUCGGCAUCCAACCCCGAUGAGCAUUGCGGCCAUAUCGGCAAAUCUGCGUGGAUCAUCAUCUUCGCCUCGCAGCACUUUCUGCUCGCCCAGCUUCCCAAUUUCAACUCAAUUGCUGGUGUGUCACUGGCGGCUGCGGUCAUGUCCUUGAGCUAUUCGACGAUCGCAUGGGCUGCACCACUCGCGCAAGGCAGGGCAGCUGUUCACGACUAUGGACUGCCCGACAAAACCACAGCAACGCUGGUUUUCGGAGUGUUCAACGCGUUGGGCAACGUCGCGUUCGCAUACGCAGGCCACAAUGUGGUGCUGGAGAUCCAGGCCACCAUCCCCUCCACGCCGGAGAGGCCUUCGAAGAUCGCCAUGUGGCGAGGAGUGGUUCUGGCCUACAUCGUGGUGGCCGCCUGCUACUUCCCAGUUGCCAUCGUCGGCUACUGGGCGUUCGGCAACACUGUCAAGGACAACGUCCUCCUGCAGCUCGGCAAACCGAGGUGGCUGAUUGCCAUGGCCAACUUCAUGGUGGUCAUUCACGUCACUGGCAGUUACCAGCUGUACGCGAUGCCCGUGUUCGACAUGAUUGAAACGGUUUUGGUCAAGAAAAUGCACAUCCCUCCUUCGGCACCUCUGCGAGUUGUAGUUCGCUGUCUUUAUGUUGCGUUCACGGCCUUCGUGGCGUGCACUCUGCCUUUCUUUGGAGCUCUUCUCGGAUUUCUGGGAGGCUUCGCUUUUGCUCCUACAACAUACUUCUUACCGUGCAUCAUGUGGCUGGUCAUCUACAAACCGAAACGCUUCAGCCUUUCGUGGUGUGCUAAUUGGGUUUGCAUUGUUAUAGGUGUACUACUCAUGCUUGUCUCGUCGAUCGGAGGACUUAGGAACAUCAUCGUUAGCGCCUCAACUUACAAGUUCUACCAGUAAACGCUGAAAACUCUCAGCUCCUGUUACUAAAUACAUUGUUUCGAUGAGGAGACAAAUAAGCUGAGGCCGCGAGGCAGCAGUCACCUGCAAAGAAAGAAUCUCUACGUCAAAUCACUGUAUCAUGAAAACGUUUAACUCUCGAAAAGAACCGACAAAGGCUAUGCAGCAGCUUCGUCAAUUGACGGCUCCGUCCACUGACUUCAACACGCGUGAGCGGACUCUCAGAUAGGCAAAUGCUACUAAGGGUAGAUUUGGAAUCCAGAAUUUACAUGUUACACAUUGUAGAUCGGCAGUAUAAGUAAUGUUCAAUGUAAACUUUGUACUUAGCAGUUUGACAAUUAGUAAACAAACUUAGAAUUUUCUUUCUUCUUCAAAACUGAUACAAUUUUUGUCUUGGAAACCCCUGUGAAUAUCAGACCCAACUGCCUGGUGUGCACACAUGGUACAACACCAUUUAUAUUCUAGCUCCAAUUCAGGGAAAGUUGUGAAAGUAAACUUCAACUCUACAAAAUCCUCACAAACCGGCUAAAACUGGUUCAACUAUACAGUCAAAGCUGCCUCUUACGCAAACUAGUUUGCUUGAAGAAAUUUAAAUUCAUAGUAUCAUGAUUCUUCCAAACCGGUGAGUAGAUGACAGCCUUGGAAAUUUAGAAAGUUCGCGAAAAAGUAGAAAGAUCGGGAGUUGACUACUUUACAGCACCAUGCGCUUUCAAUGGCCUGCAUUACACGAUAUGGAUGGUUCUCAUGAUGCUUGCCUAUAUUCUCCGGAGAGCAUCGAUCAACGGUAUGCCGGUAAGAUAUUGAGGGCGACUUCUUUCAGAGUCGGCAUGGUUGGCUGCUCAUGUAAACAAAUAUACUUGAAAUCCACCCUCCUCAGAACUUGCCAAGGCCCCGGAUACGC